UUUCGGCCAAUCAGCGGGUAGCCACUCCAUGUGCUGACCGUACAGAAUCGCUGACACGGUUUGGUGAGCUCUCAAGACAAAUACUAGAAGUUGGCAACCCAGUUAUGAGUUAUGGAGACAAAGAUGGAACAGGUCUAGAGCAGCAGUUGUCUGGUCUGGACUUGGGUUCCCCAUCUGCUUCUGAUUGUAGUGGCAGUUGGGCGGCAACGCAAAGUCCUUCUCAGAGAUACGUUCCCCCUCAUCUGCGAGGGAAGAGUGCGAAUUUUGUCUACAGAGAAGCGGACACGUACGGUGCUCGCUUUGGCGCAAGAGAUCUCUCUUCAUUGUCUCAUUAUCCUGCUGGUUGGCGCGGAUAUGGGAGAGGUCAAGGUGGAGAUGUUCGUGGCUACGGUCGAGGCGGUCGACGUAGCAGCUCGGAUGGCGAUAGUCGUCGCGGAAGCACUGAUAGCUAUGGUUAUGGAGGCUACGACGACCAGAGGAGAGGAAGCAGGGAUCGAGAAAUUAUUCAAGAAGAUUGGAGCAAACCGACAGCUAGAAAUGACAGACUGGAACGAGAUCUGUUCGCGGGUCACAACACAGGAAUUAACUUUGACAGAUAUGAUCAAGUGGAAGUGGAGGCGACCGGGAAAGAUUGCCCUCCACAUGUUUCAGACUUUAGUGAGUUGGACAUGGGAGAAAUAAUCAAAGGAAACAUUCAGCUUUGUCAAUACGCAAAACCAACUCCGGUGCAGAAAUAUUCCAUCCCUAUCAUUUCUGCUAGGCGAGAUCUGAUGGCUUGCGCACAAACAGGAUCAGGCAAAACAGCAGCAUUCCUUGUGCCAAUUCUGAACCAACUGUAUACUAGUGGACCAUAUGACGGUGCUGAGGUUGUUGGUCAAUAUGGUCGUCGCAAGCAAUAUCCUCUUGCUCUUAUUCUAGCUCCAACACGUGAACUUGCAUGUCAGAUAUAUGAUGAAACACGCAAGUUUGCGUAUCGUUCGCAUGUGCGUCCAUGUGUUGUUUACGGUGGAGCUGAUAUUGGAAGUCAGCUACGUGAACUGGAUCGAGGGUGUCACGUACUGGUGGCUACUCCUGGUCGAUUGGUAGAUAUGAUGGAAAGGGGAAGAGUCGGAUUGGAUCUAUGUCGGCAUCUCGUUUUGGAUGAGGCUGAUCGUAUGUUAGACAUGGGAUUUGAACCUCAGAUUCGUCGUAUAGUUGACCAAGAUGCCAUGCCACAAAGAGGAAAUCGACAAACUAUGAUGUUCAGUGCCACAUUCCCAAAGGAAAUACAGAUGUUGGCUCAAGAUUUCCUCAAUAACUACAUUUUCCUUGCUGUUGGUAAAGUUGGAGCUCCGUGUGAAAACGUCACUCAGAAAAUUGUGUGGGUCGACGAGAACGACAAGCGGGAAUUCUUAUUGGAUCUGCUGAAUGCAACCGGUCCCGACUCUCUCACACUCGUCUUUGUUGAGACAAAGAAAGGUGCAGAUGCCCUUGAACAUUACCUCUACAACCAAGGAUAUCCUGCUACCUCCAUACACGGAGAUCGCUCGCAGAGAGAACGCGAAGAGGCUCUCCGAUCUUUCAAAAUAGGGAGAACCCCAAUACUAGUUGCUACCGCUGUUGCAGCUCGUGGACUCGACAUUUCGAAUGUCAAACACGUCAUUAAUUUUGAUCUUCCAAGCGACAUCGAAGAGUACGUCCAUCGUAUUGGACGAACAGGACGAGUAGGAAACCUCGGACUGGCAACGUCGUUUUUCAAUGACAAGAACAAGAACAUUCUAAAGGAACUGUGUCAUUUGCUGGAGAGUGCCAACCAGGAGGUUCCCGAUUGGCUGGGAACGUUGGCCGUGCAAGCAGGACGUACGUAUGGAAGAGGAAGGGCACGAAGGGGAGGAUACGGAUCACGAGACUUUCGCCAAAAUUCAGGCACUCAUCGCUCGUUCUCAUCUCCUGGUGCUUUCAUGUAUCAAGGCGGAGGCAGUGGUGGAUAUCCCAUAGGAUAUGGUGGUGGUAAUUACGGUGGCUACGGAGGUGGAGGGGGGUUUGUUGCUAUUUCUCGUGGUGGAUAUAGACAAGGUGGAGGAGGCAAUAGACAGAGCAAUUCUACGAGCAGCUGGUGGGAUUAGUUACCAAAUGAGUGUGUUGAUACGAAACGAACGCUGAAGACAGACCGUGUGACUGCUGUGUGUUGAUGUCGAGUAGGUUUGUUUGACGAUGUACUGUGUGUUGAUGUGUCGUAAGUAUGGGAGAUAGUUUGUUUGGAUUUGAGGUUUUAGUAGGCGAAGGAGGAAGGUAAUUUCUAGUCAUCGUUUCAGUCACGGUUUCGGACAUAAUUUCUAUUGAUAUUAUUUCCUGUACAACACGUGACGUUGAUUUUCAAGAGUUGAGUGUUUCUGUA